AAAUUCAACUUGAGACACACAUACAUUAUAUCAGUGCAUAUAUAUAAUUGCGUGUGUAUCCUUACGACCAUAACCUCAAAUUGAAUGAAAAAUAACCUAGAAGAAAAUAUUGCAGUGUGUAUAAUAAAAGAAGUUCAUUGUUGGAAAUUAUGUCACUUGCGCGAAGAGGACAGCACUGGGGAACAUUUGCUUCUAUUUGGCACAUAUAUGAUGCAACAUGGCAAGAUCCAUAUAAAAGUGCAAAUUUAUUAAAGACUUAUCUUUUAGGUUUGAAUAAACCUAUAUAUCAUCCACUGAAUAAAUGUGGUGAUCAUGUAGUAGUAAUAAACAGCAAGGAAAUUGCCUUACGUGGAGAUGAAUGGCGAAAACGUGUAUAUUUCCACCAUACAACAUAUCAUGGAGGUGCUACAUGGACUCUCGCAUGGGAAUUGCAUAGCAAGGAUCCAACUUUGGUAAUUAAUUUCUUGCAAAAUGCUGUCUAUAGCGCAUUGCCAAAAACCUUGCAACGAAAACACCUUAUGGAAAGAUUACAUAUAUUUCCUGACAAUAAGAUACCCAAGGAUAUAUUGAAAAAUGUUAGCAAUCAAAUUAAACAACUGAGGACCGUUCCAGUUCGAUUAGAUCAUAUUCCACAAGAGGAAAUAGAUAACUUCCCACAACUUUUGAAGUACCCCAAAAAUUACAUUCUUAAAUAGAUUUAAUGUAAAUAUUAUAUAGUAAAUGUAUUUAAAAAAAUAAUAAUACAAAAUUUUAAUAAAAUUAAGACUACUUAAUUAUUUCAUGGUUUAACAAAAUAAAUUAAAAAUGUAUUCUAACA